AUGGGGAAAGUAUCGAAAGCCACUAAGAAAUUUCAAUCGAAACAUCUAAAACGUACCUUGGAACACAGAAAGGAACAAAAGAAACAAAAGAAGAAGAUCCAAGGUCGCCGUGGUAAUAAAACAGAAGAAGAGAAAAGAGAUGCGGCUUUGACUAGAGAAGAACAAAAAUUAAAAAAGUCUGCUAAAGAGGAAGUCUUUAAAGAUCUUUCUGUUGAAGAAUUUUUCGAUAAAGGCAUCGAAUUACCAAAGGAAAAUAAAAAAUUUACAAAGCAUAAAAAGAAUAAAUCUAAAUCUGAAAGCGAUACAACCUCUGAUUCUGAUUCCUCUUAUGACAAUGAUCAAGAUAUGGCCUCCAACAUUGCUGCCUUAUCAAAAGAAGAUCCUGAAUUUUUUAAAUAUUUACAAGAAAAUGAUAAAGACUUAUUAGAUUUAGCUGCAAGCAACCCAUUAGAUGCUAUUGAAGACAGUUCUGAUGAUGAAAAUAGUGAAAAUAAUUCUGAUGUUGAAACUUCUUCAGAAAAGAUCAAUUUGACUGUAAAACUAGUUAGAGAAUGGAAACACCAAUUACGUGAAGAACCAUCCUUAAAACUUUUUAGAAAUAUUAUUACUGCUUUUAAAGUUGCAGUCAACAUUAACAACUUGGAAACUAUUGAAGAAUAUAAAUAUGUUAUUACUGAAGAAAAGGCCUUCCAUGAGUUGAUGUUCGUUGCUUUGAAGAGUCUGCCACAAGCUGUUCAAAAGAUGAUUCCAUAUAAGGAAAAUAAAGGUGCUAGAACUUUACCAUCCGGAACAAAUGUUUCUAAGAUUUCCUCUAUUAUUAAAGCACAUGCUCCAUCAUUACUGACCUUACUAAACGAUAUUAAUAACACUGAAACUGCUGCACUAGUUUUACAUUCUGUUGAUCAAUUAAUGCCAUAUUUAUUAUCGUAUAGAAGAAUUUUAAAAGAAGUUAUUAAAUCAAUUGUUGAAAUAUGGGCUACAACAAGAGAUAUUCAAACUCAAAUUGCAACUUUUGCAUUUUUACACAAUGCUGCUAAAGAAUUUAAAAAGUCCCUAUUAGAACUAAUUUUAAAGACUACAUAUUCUACUUUUAUUAAAAGUUGUCGUAAGACUAAUAUUCGUACUAUGCCAUUAAUUAACUUCCAAAAAAAUUCGGCCUCUGAAUUAUUUGGCAUUGACGAAACUUUAAGUUAUCAAAUAGGUUUUGAAAAUAUUAGACAGUUAGCAAUCCAUUUAAGAAACACUUUAACAACCACAUCCAAGAAAUCUAGUAAAGUUAAUUCUGCAGAAGCAUACAAAAUCGUCUACAAUUGGCAAUUUUGUCAUUCCUUAGAUUUUUGGUCUCGUGUUCUAUCCUUCUCAUGUAAUCCAGAAAAAGAACAAGGCCAUGAGUCUCCUCUAAGACAGUUGAUUUACCCAUUAAUCCAGGUUACCAUUGGUACUGCUAGAUUAAUCCCAACUCCACAAUUCUUUCCAUUAAGAUUUUAUCUGGUAAGAUCAUUAAUUAGAUUAUCUCAAAAUACAGGUGUUUUUAUUCCAAUUUUCCCAAUUAUUUCAGAAAUUUUAAUAUCUACUGCAUUCACUAAACCAUCUAAAAAAAAUAAUAAUUUAGAAGCAUUUGAUUUUGAUCAUAAUAUUAAAUGUACUCAAGCUUAUCUAGGGACGAAGGUUUAUCAAGAAGGUUUAGCUGAACAAUUAAUCGAUCUUUUAGCUGAAUAUUUUGUCUUAUAUUCAAAGAGUGUUUCAUUCCCUGAACUAGUGUCCCCAAUAGUUAUCUCUUUACGUCGUUAUAUCAAGACUUCCAAUAAUAUCAAAUUAAAUAAACAAUUAUCCAAUAUUAUUGAAAAGUUGAAUAAAAAUGCCAAAUAUAUUGAAGAGAAAAGAUCAGAUGUUGAUUUUAGCCCAAGUAAUAAGACAGAAGUUAAUAAAUUCUUAAAUAAUAUUCCAUGGGAAAAGACUCCUUUAGGUGCUUAUGUUGUUGUGCAACGUGAGGUUAAAGAAGAAAAAGCUAGACUAAUGAGAGAAAGUUUAGAGGAAAACGAUAGAGAAAACGAAGAAGUUGAAUCUGCUAAGCUAACGGAAGAAGAAGAUAUUGUAAUGCCUGAUAAUUAA